AUAUUAUCUAAAUUCUCCCGGAAUUUCUUCCACAACGAGCCGCUUCUGACCGCCUAUUAUCUUACUACCGGCAUUCUCAUCUGACGUCCUUGCCGUCCCUUGCGGCAAUCGCGGUGGAAAGCGCAUAAAAGCUGCAAGCGGCCCGACAACAGUAACCUGCGCACCUGCGAACCAGCCGAAAGCGAUUGCGUAGACCGGAACGUGGUCGCCAGUGAGAAUCGAGAUCCCGCCUUGUCUACACUGGUCAUCUCAACGAGAAACUUCGCGGAGAAAAAACUUCGCCUCGAUGUAUCGAGACCACAGACGAUUCUCGAUUCACCGAAUCAAAAUGACAAUAGAAUUGGCAGCGCAUUUACUUCUGUCGAGCCCUACUAUGUAACAACUUUAUUAUUAUGCUGAUAAUAAUAUGCUUCUAAAAUAUAAUAUCAACGUAAUCAAACCGGAAGUUGGUUAUACUUCUUAGAAAAGCAUGAUGUUUUAAUAUGGCAGUAAAAUGCAUGGAAGGACCUUUUGUAUUCAGAUUAAAUGAAAAUGGUACUGGACCGCAUCUACUUGUAAAGGUUUGCACGGAACGGGGAUGGCGGGAGUACGCCGGCGAAAAUAAUGUAUUCAAAGAUCGAUGGAAUUUAUGGUGGCGGUCCGGCGGUUUCCCCACGUCGCAUUAUAGGCCGUUACUCCCUUGGCAGUUUGUCAAUCGAAUACCCAAAGGAAAUUCCAUCUGCAGAAAGGAUAAGCUUAUCCGUUAUUUAAAGCGCAUGAAAAAAGUUUACGGUUCGAUUUAUGACUUCAGUCCUGCAGGAUAUAACUUGCCUUCCGAAUAUACGAAAUUAGCCGAAGAGUGUAGCCGUUGUGAGAAAGAUGAUAAAGUUUGGAUUUGUAAGCCGGUUGGCCAAAGUCAAGGAAGAGGAAUCUUUUUGUUUCGUAAAUUAAGCGAUCUCUCAUACGACAAUGCCGCGGUUGUGCAAAGAUAUAUCGAAAAUCCUCUGCUAAUCGGUGGAUACAAAUUCGAUCUUCGCCUGUACGUGUGCGUACCUUCAUAUUGCCCGUUGACAAUUUACCUGUAUAAGGAAGGUCUGGCUCGUUUUGCUACUGAGAAAUUUUCCUUGGAGCGAUUGGACGAUCCUUUUCAACAUCUCACCAAUUUUUCUCUGAACAAGCUAGGACCAGGCUAUUCGGAAAAGAAAGAACGCAUCGGUGCCGGUUGCAAAUGGACAUUUAGACAACUACGAAGAUAUUUUGAACAGGCAGGAUACUUCGAUUGGAUUCUUUGGCAAAAAAUCUCGUGUUUAGUGACUUUAACGAUCUUAAGUCAAGCAGCAGGUAUUCCAAAAUCUUCCAAUUGCUUCGAAUUUUUCGGCUUUGACGUGCUAAUCGACGAGAAUUUAAAGCCGUGGCUUUUAGAGGUGAAUUUAAGUCCGGCUUUGAGUAACGACUGUGAAGUCGAUUCAGAAGUGAAAAAGCCCUUACUACAUGAUCUGUUUGAUUUAUUAGGUCUUCCAGUAUGUAAUACCGGGCUUUCCUUGUUUACUAUCUGGUCCUCUUCGAAUAAUAUUGAGGAGGACGAGGGCGAACUGUCUUCCAAGUUCGGCCGUUCCGUGAAAAAGAGAUCGAAAUUCGGACGAGAGACUGAAGCUUUUCUAAAUUUUUCCCCGGAGACUCGAAAUACGCUAAAACAAUCAACACCGGAAGUUUGUUCGACUACCUGGCCCCGAUAUAAUCCUUUGUUAAUGGACAAAUGCAUACGUCGAGGAUUUAAGGGAAAUAUGAUCGAGAAUCAUGCAUCGCCACCAAUUUGGGAUAACGGUAAAGACUGGAGAGCUUCUUGUACAAAGGAAGGUGGUUGGAUUCGUAUUUAUCCAUUCACUCGAAUGAAAUACACCGAGAAUACAGAAUAUACAAGACCAUCGCCUAGAGUUGUCGAGAACGAGAUCAAAAAUAUGGUUCUUUCUAUACAAAAGUAUUUAAAAGCAGCAAAAGAAGUGCAGCAACGAAAUGAAAAACUCACGGAUGACCAAUGCAAUACUCUCUUGCAAAACGCAUUAAACUUAAAUACAGAAAUUUGGCUGCCAGAGAAAUAAAAACUAGUGAGGUCUGCGUUUUUCUCUCACAUCCACGAUUUCUUUAAAUUUAUUUGCCAUCUAAGCUUGUUCAGGUCCUAAUAUUAUUUCGAAAGAUAUUUUGUACAGUUACAUAUAAUGCACAUUAUGUUAAACGUGCAUUGAUCUUCAUUGUAUAUUAUAAAUCAAUUGCGCGAUUUUUUGCAAUUAGCAACUAAAUCCGCAUUGAUAUUGAUAUUUAGUAUUAAAUGUAGCUAUCUCAGGCUAAACUCGUAAAUAAAAUUAUUUUAUUACAA